UUGCGGGAAAUGCGGGAAAGCUCGCGUCCUUUUCCGACCCGGUUGUUUCGCAACCGGCGCGGGCGCGACCGGAAAACUGCUGACCGGUUCGAUUGUCUAUUUUUUUUUUGUCACGGCCGACCGCGCGCAUCUAAAAUUUGUCGUCAGCGUCGCGCGGAAUCGCGAGGGCGCGGGCUUUCCAAACUAAACGAAAAAAAUACGAGCCGGAGCUGCGAGCAAAGCACUUUCCGUCUUAUCUUUUCGUUUUUAUUACUGUCAAAACCCGAAGCGUUUUGCAUAUUUAAAGACGGCAAUUAACACCAUUAUAGUUACAAAAUAUAUACCGGGCGUCCCAACUUUCGGAUUUAUCCGACGCGGAGUCACGGUUUUUAUUAAAAAAAAAUGGUACGACGCACGGGAAAAUAUGAAAUGCAAAUCUUGAAUAAAUAUGUGCGUUUCGACAGCUCUUUUAUUCCCAUCCUUUGACGAACGCCGCCAUUUAGUUUUUCUAUUCAACGGAUGCGUCGGAUUAAUUCUCUCCACCAAUCCAGGCUUUUUACAGGUAAACUCGAACCGCUCAUUGUUUCGCUACUGUAUUUUUUUUGUUGGUAAAUAAAAGAAAUAAUUCUUUCCACAAUGCUACACGUUAAGCUUCGUCCAUCGUCCUUAUUAUAACAUUUUUUUCCUUUUUACAAAACUUCUGGAUUCCUUCUGCGUCGAUUUUUGCUGAGUUGAACUUGCUGAUUGGCGAAACGUCAAGUUUCUUUGAAAAUUUAUUUUUUUUCCUCUUUAUCCUUAACUGGACGAAGCGGAUUAAUUCUCUGCGCAAUUCUGUAGUUAAGUUUCAUCCUUCGACAGACUAACUGGUCACUUCGGUUAUAACUCCAUUUUUUUCCUAUUUUCACCAUGCCAAGCGAAUUAAUUCUCUCCACUUUAAGCUUCAGCGUCAGUUUUUGAGUUACAACUACAUUUUUUCCUCUUUUCGUUAACCGGACAAUGCGCAUUAAUUCUCUACACCAUUCUAUGGUUAAGCUUCAUCUUUCGACAACGACGAACUGAUCACUUCUUCGGUUAUAACUACAUUUUUUUCUUAUUUCCACCUAGAGAAACGGAUUAAUUCUCUCCACCUUAAGCUUUUUGGGUAGUAACUACAUUUUUUUCCUCUUUUUAUUAACUGCUCGAAGCGGAUUAAUUCUCUGCACCAUUCUAUGGUUAAGCUUCAUCCUUCGACAACGACGAACUUAUCACUUCUUCGGUUAUAACUACAUUUUUUUCUUAUUUCCACCUAGAGAAACGGAUUAAUUCUCUCCACCUUAAGCUUUUUGGAGAGUAACUAUUAACUGCUCGAAGCGGAUUAAUUCUUUCCACCAUUCUAUCGUAAAGCUUCUUCCUUCGACAAAGAUGAACUGGUCACUUUUUCGGUUAUAACUACAUUUUAUCCUCUUUUCGUUAACCGGACCAAUGUUAAUUCUUUCCACCAUUCUAUCGUCAAACUUUAUCCUUCGACUAAAACAAACUGGUUUCUUUUUAACAUUUUUUCUUAUUCUCGCAGUAGAAAACGGAUUAAUUCCUCCUCUAUCUUACCUUUUUCGGUUAUAACUUCUUUUUUUUAUUUUCACCUGUAGAAUCGGAUUAAUUCUCCACACCAUUCUGCACUUCAACUACAUCCUGCAUCACACUUUUUGUUUUGCUUUCAUGAACCGGAUAAAUUCUCUCCCGUAUUUUCAUCAACCGGACGGUACGAAUUAAUUAAUUGUCUCCACCGUUGUGUCGGUAAACUUCAUCCUCCGCUAAAGACAACCUGUGUUUCGGUAAUAACUCCGUUUUUCUUUAUUUUCAUCAUGCGAAGGGGAUUAAUUCUCUCCACCAUUCUAUCGAUAAGCUUCUUGACUCGAAAAAGAGAACCUGCGGUUCGGUCACAACUCCUUUUUUUCUGAUUUUCACCAGGGGAAGCGGAAUAAUUCUGUCCACUAUUCCAUCGUUAGCCUUAAUCCUUCGAAAAAGACAGCCUACAUUUCGAUUAUAACUCCGUUUUUCCUUAUUUUCACCACGCGAAGGGGAUUAAUUCUCUCCACCAUUCUAUCAUUAAGUUUCAUCGUUCGAAAAAGACAACCUGCGUUUCGGUUGUAACUCCUUUUUUCCUAUUUUCACCAGGCGAAGAGGAAUAAUUCUCUUCACUAGCCUUGAUCCUUCGGAAAAGAUAGCGUAGGUUUCGAUUAUAACUCCGUUUUUCCUUAUUUUCACCAGGAGAAGGGGAUUAAUUUUCUCCAUUCUAUCGUUAAGCUUCUUCAUUCGAAAAAGACAACUUACGUUUCGGUUAUAACUUCUUUUUUCUUUAUUUUUACCAGGCGAAACGGAUUCAUUCUCUCCACCAUUCCACUGUUAAGCUUCAUCCUUCGAAAAAGACAAUCUGCGUUUGGAUUACAACUCCUUUCUUCGUUAUUUUCAUCAGGGGAAGGGGAUUAAUUCUCUCCACUAUUACAUCGUUAAGCUGCGUUUCGGUUAUGAGGCCUUUUUUUGUUAUUUUCAGCAGGCCAAGCGGAUUAAUUAAUGGAACAUUUUAGUCGAUUCUACGAAUUUGAUUUUUUAUAUCUGAUAACUGGACGAGUUAGAUUAAUUGUCUCCACCGCAAUAGUUGAACCGACGAUUCUUCUAACCCCGCCAUUUUCAAGCUCCAUUAAACGUCCGCUACAGAUUAAUUGAUCUUCUCGAUUGCCGGCGCCUUAAUUCUCUCCAUCAUUCUGUACCCGUCCCGUUUUUUUUUUUUUAAUUUCGAUUUAUAUUUUAUACGACGACCAGCGGCGCGCGCGGUCGCCUGCUCGCCGACGCUGCCACUUCAACGUGCGUGCGUGUUCAUUUGACCGCCCCAGGUGGUCGCGCAUCUUAAGACGAGUCCGUCUUCCCCCCUUCUACGCCGCCUCGGCGUUCUUAAAACGGAGGCAAUUUAACAAUUUGCCUUAGUUUAGAUUCGCGCCCAGAGACUCGGAACUGUGCUCGAUCAAAAUACGUAUCUGCGACCGAUUUUUUUUUUGCCCUCGCGGCUCAAGCGGAGGUGCUGCUGCACCCUUCGUCGGACGCGCGCCACUGAUUAGCGCAAUUAACGUGUAAUAAUCGAACCCGUCACGCGCUAGUGUGUGUGUGUGAAAAAAAUCGUUUUCGCGUGUGUGGCGGCGCACCAAAACAAUACGGAGUGUCGAGGAGAAGGAUAGGUAGCCGGUGCGACCGUUCAAUUCAUCGGUGGGAUGCUGCGCAGUUGCCGCGUGAGUCGCCUACGAAGAGUCGAAAGUCGUACGAAAGUCUCCAUUCGGACGCGAGAGCGCAACGCACAAAAUCAAUGUUAAUAUACGGGGUGUUAUCGCGGUUGGGAAAAAUAUUUACGUGGCGCUCGUGUCUGUGUCCUCUUUCGACCGCUUGUGCCGUAAAAUGUCCCCUAAGUUCCUCUUUUUGGUUUGGUAACGCUAUGCGUUGGCGAUCAUUCCAGUGAUGGAAACUCGUAGUUCUGGGUCCGUGUGACGACACACGCUUCAUUCUUCAAAAUUCGUUUCCGACCAUCCGUUGCAACUACACCGAGGUAAAUGGUGUCCCCGUCGGAUGAACGUAUCGGCAUGGAGAACCUGGGCUACCAGGAGAACGGGGGCCGGGCCAAACUGGGCCGCGCGGUCAGCGUCGCCAACGCGGAAAGCCGCCCCCUCUACCAGACGCACUCGUCGUCGACGCUGCUCCGGUGGCGACGCGGCCGCGACGACCCCGAAGCCGCGCUCGACGACGAGUUCCCGUCCGACGACUUCGAGUACAUGGAAUGCGGACCGUCCCCGCCCGCCGACCACGCCCCUAACCUAUACGAGAGCUACGAGGAGUUCGCGACCAGCGAGCUCACCGUCCAAAUAUGCCACGAUACCAUCAAGAUGAACCUCGCGGAGCACAUGAAAUUGUCCGCCGGCCGGCACCACUUCCUCGACGACAUCGAGGCCAGAAAAGUGGGCCAGGAAAACUUGGCGGAGGCGCUCAAGGGCGCCAGCAAGGUCGAACUGAACGUCUGCUUCCUGUGGGCCGCUUUCCUCAAACGCUGGGAACUGCUGGACGGUCUGCUACGUCUCGGCGCUCAGCUCAAAUACUACGAGCCGUGUCAGGGGAUGAGCGCGCUCCAUUUGGCCGCGUUCGGCGGUUGCAUCCCCGGCACCCAGUUCCUGAUCUCGCGCGGCGCCGACGUCAACGCCAUCUACAAGUGUUACAGUCCGUUGCAUUGCGCCGCGUUCGGCGACAGUCCCGAAACCGCCAUGAUACUGCUGAACAACGGCGCCAGGGUGCAGGCGUUGACCGCCAACAGUACCAGUAACGGAAACGAGAGCGUACUGCACUGCGCGGUGCGCGCGAACGCGGUGGCUUGCGUGCGCCUUUUCACCGUCGAGGGGGCGGACGUGGGGCAGGUCGAGUUCGCGGGCUCGUCGCCGAUUCACCUGGCCGCGGAUCUCGGCCACGCGCAGUGCCUGCGCAUCAUGCUCGACGUCAAAGGCGUGAACGUGAACGCCAGGACCAAAGAGAAAGAGCAGACGCCGCUCCAUCUGGCGGCGGAGGGUGGCUACGUCGAUUGCGUCGACGUGCUUCUCGAACGCGGCGCCGACGUCAAUCCGAGGAAUCAUCGCGGCCAGACGCCGCUCCAUCUGGCGGCCCGCGCGCAAGCCUACGACUGCGUGGAACUGCUGCUGCGCAAGGGCGGCGCCGACCCCAACGUCGCCGAUUGCGACAAGAGGAUGCCGCUACACGCCGCCGUAGGCAAAGCCGCCCGCUCCUACGACAUCAUCGAGAUCCUGAUCAGUUACGGCGCGGACGUGAACGCGAAGGACCAAUACGGUUACACUCCCCUCCACAUAGCCGCCCUCAACGAGCUAUCGCAAUGCGUCGAAAUUCUGAUAUUCCACGGGGCGGACGUCACGGCCAAAUCGAAAUUCGGCAUGACCGCGCUGGGGAUCAUCACGCGCAAGACGCCCGCCUCCCUCGCGAUGGUCCGACACAAACUCGACGAGGCUAUCACGCUCCACCACCACCCCGAGUCGUCCAACCGCGAGGUCGAGCUGCGACUCGACUUUCGCAGCAUCCUGCAGCACUGUCACCCGCGCGAGAUCAGUUUCCUCAACACGUUCGUCGACGAGGGUCAGAAAGAGAUCCUCCUCCAUCCGCUCUGUUCCGCGUUCCUCUACCUCAAGUGGGAGAAGAUCCGCAAGUACUACGUCGCGCGCAUGCUCUUCUGUUUCAUUUUCGUGCUCAGCCUGUCGCUGUACGUGUUGACCGCGCUCGCGCACAACUGCUACAACCACGGCAAAAACAUGAACGACACCCAGCCACAGAACGUGAUCGAGUUGUGCGAGCGCAAGUCAAUCAUGGGUCACAUGCUGCGCAAUAACCCGUUCGUCAUCGAGAUGCAGUGGUUCGCGUUGGUCGGCAUCACGUGUUGCGAGAUUCUGCGCAAGGUCUACGGCAUAGCCGGGUACCCGUCGGUCAGGCAGUACCUUUCCCAUCCCGAGAACAUAAUCGAGUGGACCGUCAUCGUGAGCGUUUUCGUCAUUUCGUUUAUCUACACCGGCCGCACCUACACGUGGCAGAACCACAUCGGCGCGUUCGCCGUACUAUUCGGGUGGACCAAUCUGAUGCUGAUGAUCGGGCAGUUGCCGAUCUUCGGGCCGUACGUCGCGAUGUACACCCGCGUCCAAGGCGAGUUCGCCAAACUCCUGCUCGCCUACUCCUGUCUCCUGAUCGGUUUCACCAUCAGUUUCUGCGUUAUUUUUCCCGACUCGUCCACUUUCGCGAACCCUUUCAUCGGUCUCAUCACCGUACUGGUAAUGAUGACCGGCGAGCUGAGUCUCGACCUGCUCGUCGACGACGACCCCGACGACCCGCCGUUCCUGCUCGAGAUCAGCGCCCAAGUCACUUAUAUUCUGUUUCUGCUCUUCGUCACCGUCAUCCUCAUGAACCUCCUGGUCGGUAUCGCCGUCCACGAUAUCCAGGGCCUCCAAAAAACCGCCGGUCUCUCCAAACUCGUCCGCCAGACCAAACUUAUAUCGUACAUCGAGCUGGCCCUCUUCAACGGCUACCUGCCCAGGUACCUGCUGAACCUGCUGCACUGGACGGCGCUGGUGUCGCCCAAAGCCUAUCGAGUGGUACUCAACGUGAAACCUUUGAACCCGCGCGAGAAACGGCUCCCUCGCGACAUCCUCGAGGCGGCGCACGAGAUCGCGAAAAAGAAGAAGAAGCACUCAAAGACGCUAUCUUCGUUCCGCAGUUCGGGCACGUACGGCAAGAGGACGCUCAAUAACAACGCGGCCGACCCGGCCACUGCGGGUGGCGAAGGAGUUUUCGACCCAAAGCCCGACCACCUGGCCGCGUUGCAGAGCAAACUCGACAAGAGCCACGAGCAGAUCGAAAACUUGAACAAGGAUUUCAAGGAGCUGAAACACGCGUUCGAAAACAGCCAGCGGGUGGUCGAGAAACUCCUCAACACGAUCAUCCAGAGUCGCAGGAAUAGCGCCAAGUGCUGACGCGUCCCGCCUGUAUAUAAUACCGUUUUCCUUUCUAGGUUAGCUUUAAGGCUGUAAAGUGUAGCCAAUAAAAUGCUUACUCAAGACGCCGCUUCUAUUUAUUAGUAUUUGGGUUUUGACAGUAACGAAACGAAUCAUAACCCGCGUCCCGACAUUGUCUAGCUCUC